CCGCCGCAGACCCCCCGGGACCCCCCGGGAGCCGCCGCCCCUCCCCCCCCCGCCCUCAUUAACCCCUAAUUAGCGCUUCAUUAACGCUGAGCGGCUCUUAAUUACCCUCGUUAGCGCUUGAUUAGCCCUAAUUAACCCUAUACGGUGCUUAAUUAACCUUAAUUUGCACUUAAUUAGCCUAAAUAACACCUUAUUAACCUUAAUUUGCUCUUAAUUAGCGCUAAUUAGCUCCGAUCUGCUCUUAAUUACCCCAAAUAGCUCUUGAUUAACCCUAAUUUGCUCUUAAUUAUCGCUAAUUAGCCGUGAUUCGCUCUUAAUUAAUGCUAAUUAGCCCAGAUUUGCCCUUAAUUAGCUCUAAUUAACCGUAAUUAGCUCUUAAUAACCCUAAUUUGCACUAAUUUGCUCUUAAUUAGCCCUAACUGACCAUAAUUAGUUCUAAAUGAGCCCUAAAUAGCUCUUAAUUAGCCCUAAAUAGCUCUUAAUUAACUCUAACUAACCCUAAUUAGCUCUUAAUUAGCCCUGAUUAUCCCUAGUUUGCUCUUCAUUAAUCCUAAUUAACCCUGAUUUGCUCUUAAAUACCCCUAAUUAACCCUAACUGGCUCUUAAUUAACCCCAAUGUGCUCUUAAUUAACCCUAAUUAACCUCCUGAUCCCCCUCACGGGACCCCCCCCUCGUCCCCUCAUUAACCUUUAAUUAAUCCUUAAUUAACACUCCGAUCCGCACCGGGAUGGCCACAACCGCUAAUUAACCCCUAAUUAAUCCUUAAUUAAGCCCCUGGCCCUCCUCUGACCCCUCAUUAACCCCUAAUUAACCCCUAAUUAGUCCCUAAUUAACCCUCCCCCCCUCGGGAAACCCCCUGGGAGUGCCCCUCAUUAACUCCCCCGCUUAAUUAACUUGCUAAUUAACUAAUUAAUUAAUUACUGCCUCCAUGCCCAGGGGGUUCCAGCAGAUCCAAGAGGAGGAGGAGGAGGAUGAGGGGGGUCCCGCCGCGGCCCCGGGGGGGUCCCCGCCCCCCGCGCUGACCCCCGCCCUGGCCCUGACCGUGUUCGCGGCCGCGCUCGGCUCCCUCGGCUUCGGCUUCAACAUCGGCGUCAUCAACGCGCCGCAGAAGCUGCUGGAGGGGGAGUACAACGCCACGUGGGCGCAGCGCUGGGGGUCGCCGCCCCCUCCCCAGACCCUCUCGCUGCUCUGGGCGCUCUCGGUCGCCAUCUUCUCCGUGGGGGGGAUGGGCACGGCCCUGGCGGGCGGAGCCGUGGCCGAGCGGCUCGGCAGGAAAGGCGCCCUAUUGGCCAGCAACGGCCUGGCCGUGGUGGGCGGGGCCCUGAUGGGCGGGGCCAAGCUGGGCCCCACCUACAUCCUCAUCAUCCUCGGCCGCUUCAUCGUCGGCGCCUACUCAGGGUUGGUGUCGGUGCUGGUGCCGCUCUACGUGGGCGAAGUGGCGCCGCUGCGCCUGCGGGGGGCGCUGGGGACCCUCCACCAGCUCGGCAUCGUCAUUGGCAUCCUGGUGGCGCAGGUGCUGGGGCUGCGGGCGCUGCUGGGGACGCCGCGGGCGUGGCCGGCGCUGUUCGGGGCGGGGCUGCUGCCGGCGGCGCUGCAGCUGCUGCUGCUGCCGCUGUGCCCCGAGAGCCCGCGGUUCCUGCUGGCGCGGGGCCAGCGCGGCCGCGCCCGCCGCGGGCUCUCGCGAUUGGCCGGCCCGGCGGCGGAGGCGGGGCUUGCGGCGCUGGAGGCGGAGCUUGGCCGAGGCCCCGCCCCCAAGGUGGGGCUGCUGGAGCUGUGCCGGAGCCGGCGGUACCGGCAGCCGCUGAUCGUCACGCUGGGGCUGCAGCUGGCGCAGCAGCUCUCGGGGAUAAACGCGAUCUUCUACUAUUCGACGUCCAUCUUCGAGGGGGCGGGGCUCCAGGACCCGGCCGUCGGCACCAUCGGGACGGGCGUGGUCAACGUGGCGGCCACGGCCCUGUCGGUGGUGCUGGUGGAGCGGGCGGGGCGGCGCGUGCUGCAGCUCCUGGGGCUGCUCGGCAUGAUGGGCUGUGCCACCACCCUGGCGCUGGCGCUCAAGCUGGGGGGUCCGUUCUGGGGCGCGGUGGCUCUGGCCUCGGCUCUGGCCUUUGUCGGGUUCUUCGCGGUGGGGCCGGGGCCCCUCCCCUGGUUCGUGGGCGCGGAGCUGUUCCCCCCCGGGCCCCGCGCGGCCGCGCUCGGCCUGGCCGGGCUGCUCAACUGGGCCAGCAACACCGCCGUGGCCAUGGCCUUCCCCGCCAUGCAGGCGGCGCUGGGCCCGUUGGUGUUUCUGCUUUUCGGGGCGCUCCUCGGGGGUUUCUCCCUCUUCACUUUCCUUCUGCUCCCCGAGACCCGCGGCCGCCCCUUCCCCGCCCCCCCCCGAGCCCCCAAAUUCCGCCCCCCUGGGGCACCCCGAGAAGGACACGGAGCUGCAGAGCCUGGCCGCCCACCCCGAGCCCUGAAUUGGGGGGGACCCCAAAAAUUUGGGGCGUUUUGGGGCGGUUUUGGGGCUCCCCGCCCAAAAUUUGGGGGGUUUUUUGAGAAUUUUGCCCAAAAUUUGGAGUUUUUUAAGGCGUUUUUGGGGGCAAACCAACAUUUUGGGGAGUUUCAAGUCGAUUUCGGAGGGCACCCCAAAAAUUUGGGGGGUUUUGGGGCGGUUUUGGGGCUCCCCGCCCAAAAUUUGGGGUUUUUUUGGAGCGAUUCGCCCAAAAUUUGGUAUUUUUAAGGCAUUUUGAAGCCAAUUUUUGGGGGCACCCCAACAUUUUGGGGAGUUUUGAGUCGAUUUUGGGGGGCACCCCAAAUUUUGGGGGAUUUUGGGUCGGUUUUGGGGCUCCCCACCCAAAAUUUUGGGGAUUUUUGGAGCGUUUCCCCCAACAUUUUAAGGCAUUUUGAAGCCAAUUUUUGGGGACACCCCAAAUUUUUGGGGGGUUUCCAGUCGAUUUUGGGGGGCACCCCAACAUUUUGGGGCUUUCGAGUAGAUUUUGGGGAGCCCCCCAAAUUUUUGGGGGGUUUAGGGUCGGUUUUGGGGCUCCCCACCCAAAAUUUGGGGGUUUUUGAGCUUUUCCCCCAAAAUUUUAAGGCAUUUUGAAGCCGAUUUUUUGGGGCACCCCAACAUUUUCAAGGGUUUCAGGGCAGUUUUGGGGCUUCCCCACCCAAUUUUGGAGUUUUUUGGGAGGUCUCCCCAAAAGUUUGGGGGGUUUUGGGGCUCCCCACCCAAAAUU